AAGACAUAUGGACAUAGAAAACAUGCUACAUUACCAGAUGUAAUUAUGAAUUUAAAGCAGAGGAUAUUAGAAGAACUUUCAGACUUUUAUGAAUAAUGAUUACAAAAGAUAAGUUAUAGUAAUAUAGUCCAGAGAGGACGUGCAAGACGUGAAGACAACGCUUGACACUUCCUAUGAUUGGUUAUAUUAAAUUAAGAGUAUAAUAAGCGAAUGUGUGUUUUGUCUUCCGACAUUAUCGCUGAACAGAGAAAACAGAGAGACUUGCAAACAUUCCGAGAAAACCCAAAUAAGAAAAAUCUAUUUCUUUUCUUUAUCAAGCUACCGAAUUUCCAAGAAAAACAAAAUCAAGAAUCGUAGAAAUCAAACGUUGCUUUUAUUCAAGCUUCCUAGAAUCACAUCCUUUGUGGUUUUCUGAAGUAUUCAUCAUUAUUAUUUUCUACGGUUAACUUAAUGGCAGAAUUGAGAUGUUAUUAACAGGUAAACCAUAAAUUAACAGAAUCGAAACACAAGAAUAAGACCAAGAAAACACACACACACACGUGUUGUCAAAAGAUCUGAAAACAUGUUCUGUUGCGGAGGUGCCGAUGAGGAACCAGCCGGUCCACCCGCAAACCAGUAUUCCGCCCCUCCUAACAAGGCUGGAAACCCUAACGUUGGCGGUGGAAAUAGAGGGGAACCGAGGAACACGAACGCACCUAGAUCAGGAGGUCCUGCCAAGGUUUUACCCAUAGAGAUCCCUGCGGUUGCAUUGGAUGAGUUGAACAGAAUGACGGGUAACUUCGGCAACAAGGCACUGAUCGGUGAAGGUUCUUAUGGACGUGUCUUCCAAGGCAAGUAUAAUGGAGACGAUGUUGCUAUCAAGAAGCUUGACGCCUCUUCUGAAGAACCUGACUCAGAUUUCACCUCACAGUUAUCGGUUGUAUCGCGGCUCAAAAACGAACAUUUUGUGGAGUUGAUGGGGUACUGCUUGGAAGCAAAUAAUCGCAUCCUCAUCUAUGAGUUUGCGAGCAAAGGUUCUUUACACGAUGUCUUACACGGGAGAAAGGGCGUGCAAGGGGCUGAGCCAGGGCCGGUGCUGAACUGGAACCAAAGGGUCAAGAUUGCGUAUGGAGCAGCCAGGGGGCUUGAGUUCCUUCACGAGAAGGUCCAGCCAUCAGUAGUACACAGGGACGUAAGGUCGAGCAAUGUCUUGUUGUUCAAUGACUUUGUGGCCAAAAUGGCUGAUUUCAACUUGACCAACGCAUCCUCUGAUUCAGCGGCUAGGCUUCAUUCUACUCGAGUCUUGGGAACCUUCGGCUAUCACGCUCCAGAGUAUGCAAUGACGGGACAGAUAACACAGAAGAGUGAUGUGUAUAGUUUUGGUGUUGUGCUUUUGGAGCUCUUGACGGGAAGAAAACCUGUAGAUCAUACCAUGCCUAAAGGCCAACAAAGUCUUGUUACUUGGGCAACACCGAGACUAAGUGAAGACAAAGUCAAACAAUGCAUAGAUCCUAAGCUUAAUAAUGAUUUCCCUCCCAAAGCAGUCGCCAAGUUGGCAGCUGUGGCGGCCUUGUGUGUUCAGUACGAGGCAGACUUCCGACCAAACAUGACAAUCGUUGUCAAAGCACUUCAGCCUCUUCUUAACUCUAGACCAGCCGGUCCUGAGUCUACUUCCUAAAUAACAGAUAUACCAUUUGUCUUGUUUUUGUGUUUUGUUAUUAUUGUUAUGGCUAUUUUUUUCUCCUUUCUGUGUCAGAUAACUAUGAUUAUUGGUUAUAAGAUGCUAUUUAAUCGAAUAUAACUUAUAUUUUUAUUGUUAUAAAGCUCUCUUUCUUUCUUGGUUUGUAUCUAAGCCUUUCAGCCUUUGAGUCAGAUCUUUUUACUGAUUGAAGGAGUCUAAGCAAGAAACUAAAUAGUAAAUUAGUUGUCAGAUACAAAUUAAAGAAAAAUAUUUGACCAAUCAAAACAUAUGAUUAUGAUGCCACAAAUUUAAUACUUUUGAUAUUUUGUGUUCUAUAUCUCUCAACUUUUAGACAAGUUGCCCUUAAGGUCAUGUGUCUCAGUAUGGAAUGAGAUAUAUAACUUUUUAAUCAUAUAGAAACGAUUAAAAAAAAAACAGAGUUGGUUUAUAAUAUGUGCAAGUUACCAUCAUCAUAUACAUCUCAAAACAUGAAUAAAACAAGGUAAAACAAGCGAGGAUUACAACAUUA